GAUCUUAGGGUCUGUGUCAUGCUGAUGGUAGAGAAAACAGUUUGAUCUCAGCCCUCUUUCUGUGCUGGGAAACAGAAUAAUCGGGUUGCAGACCUCUACCGCCAUGGACAUCAUGUCCAACAACACCUCCCUCAAGGAGAGCGCCAACAGCAUCGACGUCGUCCAGGUGAGCAUCUACUCCUUCAUCUUCAUCAUUGGCAUCCUUUUGAACCUCGUCGCGUUGGUGGUUUUCUGCGGGAACGGCAGAUCCAGAUCUCAAACCGUCGUCUACAUGACCAACCUGGCCAUCGCUGACCUGCUGUUGAUCCUCACACUGCCCGUGAGGAUCUACUACCACCUGGGGCAUCGUGACCUUCCUCAGCUGUUGUGCAGCAUCCUGGGUUUGGUCCUGAAGGCCAACAUGUACAGCAGCAUCUUCCUCCUCAUGUGCAUCUGCAUCGACCGCUGCUUGGCCGUCACCCUCCCCAUGUCACCGUGCGUCCAGGAGGGGAGGAAGAAAGCGCCCCUGGUCUGCAUCGGGAUUUGGAUGCUAACAUUUGGUGCCAGUGUUCCAAUCUAUCUCUCCAAAGAAAUCCAUCACAAUCAAACUCAGUGUUUCGACAGUAUUCCGGUCUUCGCCAUCAACCAUAUCGUGGUCCUGCCCACGCUGUUCCUAGGGUUCGGGAUCCCGUUGGUGGUCAUGCUGAUCUGCUCCUGGUUUCUGGCCCGAGCUGUCCGACGGAGCACCGUGGCCCAGACCAACCUGGUGGACAGCUCGAAGAUCUCAAAGAUGGUCAUCACCAGCCUCCUGGUCUUCCUCAUCAGCUUCCUCCCGUACCACACCAUGCUGCUUCUCCUGUCCCAGAACUGGAACCACAACGGGAUGCUGCACGCUUACCGCUACAGCCUGAUGGUGGCGUGCCUUAACGCCGUGCUGGAUCCUGUGGCUUACUAUUUCACAGCAGACACCUUCAGGAGAAAGGUGGACAUGGGGGUCGUGUGGAAGAUGUUACCUUUGAACAGUCAGAGCUCGGAUUUGAACCGGAGGAGCAGGGUGCCUGGAGACGGCUAAAGUCCUCGAGAGGGACUGGCACUCUAUGAUGGCAGUUACACAACCAAGACUGAACUUUACUUUUCAAAUUUAACAUUUAAUUCAAUUCAUUUGAAUUCAAAAAACUUUAUUUGUCCCCGGGGGGGGGGGAAUUCAAAGGCAGGAUUUAGGAAAGGAUAAUUCUCGAAUUCCAGUUGAGGAAGCUUUGAGUUCAUCAUUUAAUUCAGGAAUUUAAAUUAUGGUUAUUAGUGCUGAUUCGGCGAAGUCACGUUGCUAAGCUAAUCUAUGAAGCUGUGUUUAGACUAAUCUUCAAAUACGUGUUUGUAUGUCCAAACAGAAUCUGGCAAGGGACUGGGUUUUCAGGGUUUUUGGGGGUCUUGGUGGAUCAUCCAAAUGCUUUGACAGUUCAUGUGGAGAACAAUCCCGGCUUCUGUCAGUCCUGGAAGUUUGCUUUAAUUCACCUUGCUUGUCCCGUGAAGCAACCCCUUGUAGAACUCCAAAUUCUCCUUCUCUUCUGAAGUUGGUAGCUGCACUGAAAACAAAGACAGCUCACAGAAAAGGAAGUCUUGGUUGGAGGUUCAUUAUCACAAACAGCUACCCCUGAAAACUGAUGUGUUCUGAGAUCCUGUGAAAGAUAUGUACAGUAUGUGUGUGUUUGUGUGUCUCUCUGUGUGAGUGUGUGUCUCUGUGUGUGUGUGUGUGUGUGUGUGUG